CCACCCCUACCCUUCCAUCCCCGCUCCUCCCCUCCGGGAGCAGCUCCUGGAAUAGGCUCUUCCCUGCUAGGCACCCAGACACCAUGGGGAAGCUAGUGGUGCUGACCUUGCUGGGGGCCAGCUUGGCCUUAAUAGGGGAGAGGCUUCUGACCUUUAGAGAAAGACUUAGUUCAACACGGGAGAUCAAGUCCACAGAACCUCAGCACUGCCACCUGAUUGAAGGCCUCGAGAAUGGCUCUGAAGAUAUUGAUAUACUUCCUAGUGGACUGGCUUUUAUCUCAACUGGAUUAAAAUAUCCAGGCAUGCCAAAUUUUGCACCAGACAAACCAGGAAGAAUUUUCCUGAUGGAUUUGAAUGAACAAAACCCAAAGGCACAAGCACUGAAAAUCAGUGAUGGAUUUGACAAAGAAUCACUGAACCCGCAUGGGAUCGGUACCUUCGUCGACAAAGACAAUACUGUGUAUCUUUAUGUUGUGAACCAUCCUCACAUGGAUUCUACUGUGGAAAUAUUUAAAUUCGAAGAACAACAGCGUUCUCUCACCCACCUGAAGACUAUAACACACGAACUUCUCAAGAGUGUGAAUGACAUUGUGGUGGUUGGGCCAGAGCAGUUUUAUGCUACAAGAGACCACUACUUUACCAGCUACCUCCUGCUACUUCUGGAGAUGUUCGUGGACUUUCAGUGGACUUACGUUCUUUUCUACAGCCCAAGAGAGGUCAAAGUAGUGGCCCAAGGAUUCAGUUCUGCCAACGGAAUCACAAUUUCACUAGAUCAAAAGUAUGUCUAUGUAGCUGAUGUAAUGGCUAAGAAUAUUCAUAUAUUGAAAAAACAUGAUAAUUGGAAUUUAACUCAAGAGAAGGUAAUUCAAUUGGGAACACUGGUGGAUAACUUAACUGUUGACCCUGCCACCGGAGACAUUUUGGCAGGAUGCCAUCCUAACCCCUCAAAGCUAUUGGUUUACAACCCUGAGGAUCCUCCAGGGUCAGAAGUACUACGCAUCCAGGAUGCUUUGUCAGACAAGCCCAGGGUGAGCACACUCUAUGCCAACAAUGGCUCUGUGCUUCAGGCCAGUACGGUGGCUUCUGUGUACCAUGGGAAAAUGCUCAUCGGCACUGUGUUUCACAAAGCUCUGUACUGUGAUCUCUAGAUCUUAUUCAAAAGUCUUCAUAUUUUCCAUAUUUAGCCAAAGUAAAAUUACAGUUCUAUGCUUAAAUGGAACUAUAGUUAUUUGCAAUUACCAGGAAAAUAUGUAUGGAUUUUCUUAUGGAGAAAAUAAAAGGAGUACAGAAACUUA